CCGAACCGCAACCGACUAUGGCGGAUAGGCAGUGAAGGAUGUUUGUAGUCUUUUCUAAAUCGAAAAGUAUCGACGGUAGCCAAUGGCAUAAUCCGAGUUUUUUGUAAAAAUUGUACAUUGUAAAUAGUCCUGUGUACAUAUAGUAAUUAUAUUUGUGGCCGUUUUGUUUAGAAAUUGUGUGAAUAGUGUAUUAUUUUCUGUGUUUAUUCGAUUCACUUUUCGACGCCGACAAAUCUUUGGUUCCACCAGUUAGUACCUCGGGACAUAAUACUUAGCAGCUAAACUCGAAGUUUUUGCACACACCGUUGCCUAUAUUUCGUUAAUUUCGCCUAUCGUCUUUGUGAUAAAUUCAAGAAACGGACCGUUGCAGUUUCAUGCAAUAUUUUGAUUUCUUAGCGGCUGUCAUCGUGCUUCGAUAAAACUAGUGGCUGUCAUUACAAAGACAAAAAGACUUUAGUCGUUAAAUGGCUUCAGUACUCGGUUCCACUAGCCCUAUGUAGUAUUUUGAUCAUGGUAGACGGUCAAAUCGACAACUGACUCUGAUAAUAUCGGCGGUACAGUCGAUCGUGUGUAUAAACAGAAGAUCGCAGAUCAUCGAGUGUUUACGGUUGCGAAGGUCUGAAGUGUAGUGAAACUGAAUGCUCGAACCUCACGGUAGCCCAAUGAAGUGGCUGGGCACGGGUGGCGAGGAAGAGGCGGCCGAAGCAGGCUUGCAGAACGCGCGCGUGUCGCAGGCCCGCGCGCAGGACGACGCCGCCGUGCACUAUGUGUUCCAGCGCGACUCCCAGGAAGAGUUGCCCAAGCAGCGCUGGGCGGUUGGCGACGACUCCAUUGCAGAGAACCAAGAUAAAUGGAAGAAUCCUUCACAAAUGGUCAUGAAUAAUAUUCAGCAACAAGGCCAAGUUCAAAUGAAAAACUCUCAAUCGAACCCACAUCAAUACAUGAAUCAGGCCAUAGCCUCGUCCGUUGGCACACUGACUAUGAACCCGUCAAUUAUAGGAAGCCACCCAGCUCACUUAACCACUAACAUGGUUCACACACAGUUGGCUCCCAUGCAGAACCACACUAUGGGCAAUAAUUUAACCUUACAGAACAGUGCAAUGAUGCUCCCUCCUCUCCAAGGGAUGCAGAAUGCCCCUCAGAUGGGCCAACAAGGUCUUUAUGAUAUGCACCAGCAUCCUGGGAAUCCUAUGCAGGCUAUGAACGGCAUAGGCAAGAAUGCUGAACAUCUCAUGUUCUUGAGCCAGCCUGGAAUGCUUGCACCAGGCACCAACCAGUUUUUACAGCAAGGACAGAAUCAACUUGGCCUGACACCGAUGGCUGCUAUUAGAAAUCAGAUUGCACCUGCUGCAAAAAAACUGUGGGACAAAGGGCCGGGCGCCGGCGGUGACAGUAAGGGCCCGCCGCAUCUUCCUCCGCUGCAACUCAACCCCGAGCAAAUGUGGCGCGAUCCUACUUGGUCUGCUCAAGCAGUGGAACACAACGUGGGAGUGCCGAUGAUGGGCGCGCGGCGCGGCGUGGCGUUCCCCGGUGGCGACGCGGGCAGCAUCCUGUCGCCGCGCGACUCGGCUGGCCUCGGCGUCAAGAUGGUCGAGUACGUGCUGCGCGGCUCGCCUACAGAAGCUGGUGGCGUGGCGGGCGGCGGCGAGAAGGUGACGGGAGUGGUGGCCGGGCUGCGCGGGAUGGUGCUGGAGGAGCGCGGCGACGACAAGGCGGGCUCGCCCUUCGACAACGAGAUGCACGACCACGGGCCCAUGCCCAACGGCUUGCACAAUGGACAGGAGGAUGACAAGGCUUUCAAGCAAUUGUUUGAUUGCAGCCGCACGCCUGGGUCCCGCCAGCCGUCGCCCGCAGAGGAGGAGGGCGGCGUGGGCACUGUGAGCAACGUGGGCAACGUGGGCAUGGGUGUGAACAUGGGUGUGGGCGCCGUGCGCAAUGGUGACGCGGCCGCUUUCUCUAUGCUGCCGCCGCACGCGCUGCCCGCGCCUCAGCCGCAGCCGCUGCAUCACCUGCCGCACCUGCAGCACCCGCAGCACCACCCUGGAAUGCUAGGAGUAGCGCCACUGCAGGGGUUGCCGCAUCCACAGCACCCGCAAAUCCAUCCUGGUAUGACUCUGAACGACUCAAUGAAUCAGCACCUCGAACUUGUAUUACAAAUGGAACAGCACCCACAAUUUGACAACAACAGUUUUGCAAGCACACAACAGUACACGGGUGUAGGCGGCGUGGGAGGCGUGGGCGGCCCCGGAGGCGUGGGUGCGGUGGGCGGCGUGGGCGCGGUGGGCGGCGCCAGCAGCGGCGUGGGCGGCGCAGGGCUCGUCAACGGCGCCUCCGUCGUGCAGCCCGCGCCCGAUUCCGCGCAGCACCACCAGCCAUUCGAGCUACAGCAAUUGUUCCGGUCACAACAAGCGGCGGCGGCCGGCGGGCAGGCGGCGGCGGCGCAGCUGCAGCUGCUGCAGCAGCAACAGCAGCAGCAGUUCCAACUGCAGCAGCAGCUGGCCGCGCAGCAGGCCUUCACACAAGCGCCGUACGUGAUCAACGCGGGGCAAGAGGGCGCGCCCUACGUGAGCGCGCUGAUCGCGGGCGUGCCGCCGUACUACGGCGUGGCGGCGCCGUGGGGCGUGUACCCGGGCCUGGUGGCGCAGCCGGCGCAGCAGCAGGCGCAGCAGCCGCGUAGGCCGCUCACGCCGCAGCAGGGCGAGCAGCCGGUCAACGGGCAGGGGCAGUACGUGAUCCCCUACUACGACCCCGGCUCGCUGGUGAUGGGCGGCCGCAACGGCACGCCGAUGCGGCUCGUGUCGCCGGGCGGCGUGCUGGCGCCGCGCCAGUACCCGCCCGCACCCGCGCACCCCGCUGCCACGCCUGCGCCGCCCGCCUCCGCGCAGCAGCAGCCGCAGCAGGCGCAACCCGGCGCAGGCGUGGGCGCGCGGCGCGACUCGCUGGAGUUCGGCGGCGGGCCGGCGGGCGCGCUGCAGGAGUACGCGCGCAAGUGGGGGCCGUCGCCGCUGUCGCCGCCGCUGGGCGCCGCGCUGGGGCCCGUCGGCCUGCGCCCCGUGUCCGCCGCGCCCGGCGCCGAGACCGCCAAGUACAGAACCGUCAGCAAUUUAGCGCAAGGCUUAACAUCGAAUGGUGGAAUGUUCGGAUCAUCAGCAUCGUUAUUGAGCAAACUUAGUGGAGUCGGAACUAUCUCAGAACUAGUGGGCGGAGGCGUGGGCGUGGGUGUGGGCGUGGGGUCGGUGGGCGCGCUGGCGGCGGGCGACAAGCCGGCGGCGGGGCGCUCGCGCCUGCUGGAGGACUUCCGCAACAACCGCUUCCCCAACCUGCAGCUCCGCGACCUGGCAAACCACAUCGUAGAAUUCUCACAGGACCAGCAUGGCUCGAGGUUUAUACAACAAAAACUGGAAAGAGCAACAGUUCAAGAGAAACAGAUGGUGUUCAAUGAAAUAAUCGGUUCAGCAUAUAGCCUAAUGACAGAUGUAUUUGGAAACUAUGUAAUUCAGAAGUUCUUCGAGUUUGGCACCACGGAACAGAAAACGACGUUAGCGCAAAAGGUGCGCGGGCACGUGCUGGCGCUGGCGCUGCAGAUGUACGGCUGCCGCGUCAUCCAAAAGGCGCUGGAGUCCAUCCCCGCCGAGCAGCAGCAGGAGGUGGUGCGCGAGCUGGACGGACACGUGCUCAAGUGCGUCAAGGACCAGAACGGCAACCAUGUAGUACAAAAGUGCAUAGAGUGCGUGGAGCCGACGGCGCUGCAGUUCAUCAUCAACGCGUUCGCGGGGCAGGUGUACGCGCUGUCCACGCACCCCUACGGCUGCCGCGUGAUCCAGCGCAUCCUGGAGCACUGCACGGGCGAGCAGACGGCGCCCGUGCUGGGCGAGCUGCACGCGCACGCCGACCAGCUGAUCCAGGACCAGUACGGCAACUACGUGGUGCAGCACGUGCUGGAGCACGGCGCGGCCGAGGACCGCGCGCGGCUCGUGGCCGGCGUGCGCGGCAAGGUGCUGCAGCUGUCGCAGCACAAGUUCGCGUCCAACGUGGUGGAGAAGUGCGUGACGCACGCCACGCGCACGGAGCGCGCGCUGCUCAUCGACGAGCUGUGCGGCUUCAACGACAACGCGCUGCACGUGAUGAUGAAGGACCAGUACGCCAACUACGUGGUGCAGAAGAUGAUCGACGUGGCCGAGCCCACGCAGCGCAAGGUGCUGAUGCACAAGAUCCGGCCGCACGUGGGCUCGCUGCGCAAGUACACUUACGGCAAGCACAUCAUCGCCAAGCUGGAGAAAUUCUUCAUGAAGGCGCCCGAGCUGGGCCCCAUCGGGCCGCCGCCGCCCGCCGGCUUGUAGUGGCCGCGAGAGUAUUAGCGGCGCGGGGCGGGCCGACGCGACGGCGCGGGCAUGUCCGCCUAUUAUAAAUUUUGUGAAUAUUGCGAUUGUACAUUUGUAAGUAUAGAGCUCGCCGCCUCGCGGCACGGCCUGUACAUAUAGCGGCAGACUGAUGUACAGACGAAACCUUACUGUAACCAUAGUUGUACAGCUCGACGCCGAAGGCUCGGCCGUCGCGUCGCCGCGGCCCGCGACCGCCGCGUCCUAGCUCUAAGUGUUCUAGUAUUAUUCGUUGUUCGUAUGAAUCUAUGUAUAAAUAUUUGAACGUCUCUCAUUCUCGUGUAAUUUAUGAAUCGAAGGAAAGCUGCGGUCGGAUGGACCCGUGCGUUUCCGUAAUUUAGCUCGUUGUAGAUUUAAUAUUAGCUGGGCUAGGGGACCUUGAAUCUUGAAGUGAUGCCGCGGGCAGUUCUAGACAAUCGGCACUAUAGUCGUGAUUAUGUUGUGUUGUAGUGUUCAAGUCGAGCUCUCGUUUAAGUUUAAACCCGGCUUAAAUCGUACAUAGCUUAUCGAAUAAUUUAGCGCCGGACUGUAUAGUUUGAUUAUAAUUUUGUGAAAAUGAUAUUUUUGUAUAUUUUAAUGUAACGUGUAACUUAAGUUAUUAGCGGCGCCGAGCGGGCGCCGCUGUUAGAGUAUAGUGAUGAUUGUAGAGCUGAGCGGCGCGAGGUCCUGCCGCGACCGGUUGCACUCACAGGCGUAGCUGCUCCUCAUUCCCCCUCUGUAAUUAUUUUAUAGGAAGCAUAGUUUCCUACGACACCUCAGAUUUUUUACGUCUAGAUGUAAUGAAAAUAAAAUUAUUGUAUAUGGCUGUACAAAAACGUUAACAAAAUGAUUUGUAAAACCUGUAUGUGAUGGAAUGAGGCGGGGCGGCGGGAGCGGCGCGCGCGCGGCUCCGGCCGCCUCGUCGUAGGUUGUACUAGAUAACAUUUAUAUGAUGAUCCAUCUAUUUAGACAUUAAUUAAUAAAGCAUUUCUGUAAUAAUAUUACAAAGAAA